GGGAGCUCAGGUUACUGCUGCCGCAUCGCUGCCUCCCCUCGCUUCCCGCUCCGGAGACACGGACGGUGAUGCACCGCCUCGCUUGGGACGUCUGGGCUGCGGGGGGACCGGGGAGACUUCACAAACUGUAGCCGUCGCCCCCCGCCGCGGGGAAGGGCAGCUCGCCCCUCGCCGCAGCUCCCGCGCGACGUGGCCAGAGCCGCCGGAGGAUGCACUGCAGGCGCCUGAGGCAUGUGCACGAGGGGCGCCGGGCUGCAGGCUCCUGUAGCCCACGCUGCUUGGGUCCUGGGCUUUCCUGCGAACCUCGUUUGGAUCUGCGCAGAGCCAUGAAACGCCACGCCGGUCAGUUUAAACAAACAGCUCUCUAGGACACAAAGCAGAUCUGUUACCAGUCCCCAAACCUGGAAACAAGUAAGGAGAUAUGGUCAAGUCACAAUAGACUGAUUCUACUGAAAUCUGGUAAACUGACCCAAAGUCAAACACCUGAUUCAUGGCUCCUCCAGCAAAAAGAUCAGGAGCGGUUUCUGUGUCAGUGCAAGAGCCCCACAGGAUGCAAAGAAGAUGAAGAUGGGAGGAACGUGGCUGGGCCUGCCAGUUGGACAGCACUUGCUGGCUCUGGGACACAGGCACUUUUCAAAAAAAUGGAGAAACAUGAUGGAUUUCAGAAAAUUCAGGCUUUUUCUCUGCCUUGUAGGUCUCAGCUGUGUUAGCUUCUGGGUUUUUUACAACAAUUUGACUGAAUUCUGUAUAUUCUGUGAAAACAGCCAUGAUUAUAUAUUCCCCAUAGAGACUUUUAGGAGGAUUGGAGAAAACUUCUCGCAGCUCCCAGAUAUAGACUGCCAUAAGAACCCACCUUUCCUCGUCCUGCUUGUGACAUCCUCAUACCACCAGGUAGAUGCCAGGACGGCCAUCCGGCAAACCUGGGGGAAGGAAAGAACGGUCGCCGGCAAGCGCCUGGUGACAUAUUUCCUCCUGGGAAGCACUGUGAAUCUCAGCCAGCAAGCUGAUAUCUCUGCUGAAAGCCAAAAGUACAAGGACAUUAUUCAAAAGAAUUUUACUGACACUUACUACAAUUUGACUUUGAAGACCAUGAUGGGGAUGGAAUGGGUUCACAGAUUUUGUUACCAGUCAAGCUUUGUGAUGAAAACUGACACAGAUGUGUUUGUCAAUGUUUUUUACCUCACUGAGCUUCUUGUAAGGAAAAAGAGGACCACUAGAUUCUUCACAGGUUUUUUAAAACUGCAUGAGUACCCGAUACGGAGAAGGGGGAGUAAGUGGUACGUGAGUAGAGAAGAGUAUCCGGGAAAGACCUACCCGCCAUUUUGUUCUGGGACUGGUUAUGUUCUAUCCACAGACGUUGCUAGUCAAAUCUAUAAUAUUUCAGAGAGAGUUUCGUUCAUUAAACUGGAGGAUGUAUUCAUAGGACUGUGCCUUGCCAAAUUAAAAAUUCAGCUGGAGGAGCUUCAUUCAGAGCAGACGUUUUUUCCAGAAAGGAUUAGGUUCUCUGUUUCUCGCUUUAAGAAAAUUGUGAUGUGCCAUGAGGUAGAACCAUCUGAGCAGCUGAGCUACUGGAAUCACUUAGUGACAGAAUAUCACGGAGGAGUGCUCUAGCACCUUCCCUGCUUGAAUUAACAAACUGAAAUGCUCCGCAUUUACAGGGCUGCUCUUGACUCCAGCAAAACUCCCAACUGACUUUAGAUCCAUCAUGGUGAAGAUUUUUAAUGAUUAUUUUAAUUUCUGCCCAAGAACAUGCAAACUUCUUUCUCUCCCACUCAUUUCCACCUCUUUGCAUCCCUUCUCAACACAAGUACCAAUUAUUAUUUUUUUCUGAAAGAUGCAGACAUGCAAACCUGCCCUCCAAAUCUUGCUGCUACAGGACUGGGAACAUUUCUUCAGUGCCAAACUAAAAGUCAAAGUACUUUUGUUCAGAGAAAAAAAAUUGCAACUUCUUCCUGGUGCCCCUUGAUACAUUACUGCAUUUUCACCCCUCUGUGCAGGCACUAAAGAAAAUGUGUUUGUAGCUGUCAGGACACUCCCCUCUUGGCAAAGGGAACUGCAGCCUUGCCCUUGCAUCCAGAUUGGUGUGGGCAGAACUGUGUACUGGCACGGAUCCCUCCUUCAGUCUACACACAUUUUUUUUCAGAGAUGGAAAAAGUUGCCCAUGCAGUGCUCUUGGAACAACCUUAGGUACUGCAGGUCACCUGGUAAACGUGUAAGGCUGCUAUAUCUGCUUCCCUAUAUGUGCCUCCUGAUGAAAAUGAUAUGUGGUAGAGCCGGAUCCAUGCUCAGUGGAGUGUCCUGGUCUUUCUAUUAGAAUAGAACCCAGAGACGUCUUUUGCGUUUGUGUCUCAGUUUGAUUGCUUGAAAGCUACUGUAAACGGUUUGCCAAAGCUGAACUAGAGUCAUUUAGGAUGAGCUAAACAGUAUAUUUGAUUUAGCCAUCUUUCUCUAUGAGGAACGGGGUGUGUAAGGGAGAAGAUGGAAGGAUUUUUCUCUUUUAACCAAGACCUAGUGGGACAAUGUGACCAAGUUAUCAUUCAGACUGGGAUCCUCAUUUCUUAUUUCAUUACCAAGCAAAGACUCAUGAAAUCACUAGGAUGUAUGUAGGUUUUGGAGACAAGGAAUUGAGUCUUUACAGUAGAUGCUGUGAAAAAUAUAUUUGGGCUUAACAUGAGGGGGGAGAAAUGAUUUAAUAAAAUCAUGCCUUAUGCAGAACUCCUAUUCGAUUUACUUUCACACAAAGAAAAGGUCCAUUUUACCAGCAAAGAGGUAUUGAAUACCUGUACUGUGUGUCAAAUGUUUUUUUCAGAGAGCAGUAGAAGUGGGGCUGCUCCCUAGGGGAAGAUGAUCUGGGAGCUGAGGGGAUCCGACAGCCAUCAGGGCUCAGCCCCACGCACCCACAGGAGGGAGCAGGACAGACCCACAGAUGGUGGCCAGGUCCAACCAAGAGUCCCAAUCAUCAGUCAGUAUCAUGGUGAUGAGGUAGGUCUGAGGUCAGGCCAGUGAUGGCUGGGCCCUGGUGACGAUGGGUGGGGGAUCAGGAUCGGGCCCAGUGAGGGGAACCAGGGCCAGACACUGCCCCAGGGCAUCAGGGGCAGGGCCUUGGGGAUGGGGACAUGUACUGAAAAUGUGUAAAAAGCAUGGAGGAAAGACAGGGAAAGAUAUUUUAUUGCUUUAGGGUUAUUUACUUUUAUAGAUUUUUUUCUUUUUUAUUUAAGUUUAUGAGGACUGUCCAAGUGUGUCUGUUUACUUGCCUGUGUCUGAAGAGCAGGAUAUUUUCAGCAGGAGUAUGUCCAAUCCUGAAAAGUGUUUAAUAAUGGUAAUAAAAUAUUAUUUAUUUUCUUCUGAUGUUGAGUAACCUGAGCUCAUGCACUUAUUUUUUGACAACAGAUGAUGAAAGAAAUAAUGUUUAUUUCUUUGGUAGAAGAAUAACCUUCUUUGUUUUAAGUCCCCCAUUCAGCAAAAGGCUGCAUAUAUGGUGUUUGCAGGGAUAUGGCUAUCCAGGUAGUAGCGUUGGUGACCAAGGGGGUGUUUGCCUUUCCCUAGAUAGGGGUUGGGCAGCCCAGCUCCAGGUUGAACAACAUCUCUCCAUCUCCCACCCCGACUCCGCAGGUGUAUCUGCCUUGGACUCAAAGCCCUGCAGCAGCACACCUACUUUUGUGGCUGCCUUCGGUAGGUGCGAUGGGUUACACUGCUAAGGCCUGAGAACAGUAUUUUAGUCACUAUUUUUUCCAUGUAACCUGCAGAAAUGUGUUUUUGUCAUUCAUUGCUAUUGUACCCAAGGUGCAAGCUGGGCAUUGCUUUAUUUUAUGGAAAAAUAUUGAGCAUAAAGGAAUGCUUCCUGGCCUCUCCUAGCUCCCUCUCUCAUGGAGUAGAGGGUCCGUGAGCUGGGACAGCAUAAUGCAGCCUAAUGUUCAUCCUGGCCUCUUCUCGUUCUCAGAGAAAUAAUCCUGCAGUCCCUUGUGGGUCUCACUCCCACCUCCGUGCCUGGUGCCAACCUCUCGCCAGCUGGCAGGACCAGUCCAGCUGCGCAGUCCCAGGGAGCCUGUAUCUCGGCAGAACAGCUAUUAAUUUACAUGUGGAUGUGUUGACUUGGUCGUCUCCAUUAGGUGUUGAGAUGUAAGAAGUAUGGUGGCACCUGGCUCCUGGGACGAGGCAGCUGCUGAUCUUCUGUCAGGCUGAUUUCGUGGCCAAAGGGUAAAGUGUCCCAUUAGGAGACAGUAUUUUGGGUUGCUUCCCUGAAUGAUGCCUGCUUGUGAGUGGCAUUAAAAUAUAUCUUACCUGAGCAGUUUACAACUUUGUACUAUCAUAAAAAAAAUUACCCUUGUGGACCAAGUUCUGCUAGACUUCUUGACUGCGGAUUUUACUUUGGUUCAGGAGUGUUCCUAAUUACUUGAAUAUAGCUACUAACUGGGAAGAUGGUGCUGUUCUCUGUUAAUCACAUUUGCAGACACUAAUACUAUUUUUUGGGGGCUAAAUUCAUAGCUACCGUGCCAUUGGGAAUAAGAUCCUCAGGCAUCUUCUAAGAAACCAUCCUGUUCUGGAUACUGUUUCCAGUGAGUCUAUUUGUAAUUUCAAGUGACCCAUGCUAGAUACCUCUUUUUAUUGCGGCAUUAAAAAUACUUUGUCCCCACUGAAUGUAUGCUGUUAAGCAUCUAACGGCCUGUCCAUCUGAAGCAUUUAGGUUAUCACUGCUAUAUCUCUGAUGAGGAGCAAAUCAGUACUGGUUGAAAUGUUAUGGAUUCAGAGACCCUGCUCCUCUCCUUUUCACAAAUUAUAUUCCCAAGUGAAUGCUUUAUGUUGCUGCACAUUAUUUUUCUCAACAUAAGAUUUUAUUUGUCCUUGCAUAAAUUAGAAAUUGAUUUAAUAAUUCCAUUUGGCAGGCUGCUUUGAAUAAGAAUAUAGUAAAUGAAUAAUUAAUUACUUAAAAUAUAAGGUUAUCCUGAUGAAAAAGGUGAUUUAAGAAAAGUAGAUUAUUGCAUGCAAGUCAGAUUCAUUUAUUUAAACAAAGCCACUGUGCUAGUCAGUUUAUAUGUAUCAGAUAAAUGAAAUUAGCUUUUGCAGCUUAGGCCUCAGAUCAUGACUUUUAACACAAUCAAAACAAUAGUAGUGGCCUUUUGCCAAAUUGUGUGUAUCUUCCUAUGAAAGACAUCACAAAAAGAUUGGAAAUGUAACUAGAACUGUAAACACAAUACUGCAGUGUACAUACACUUAUUUUUAAAAUUUUGUAUAGGCUAAUAAAAUAAUUUAGCCAAUUUUGGGGCAGUUUAUCUGUAGUAGUGCACUAUCUGAACAUUUUUAUGCUUUCUAGGUCAGAUGAUCAUCAAAUAAUUUUUUAUGAAUAGCCUUGAAAAAUUACUCUGAAAAGUUACUCUGUUGCUUCUCAUUCAGUAGGAAGGAGGUGUAAAAAUCAACAGAGCUGAUAGUGUCUUAGAGUUGGUUAGAGUUGUGCAUUUCAGCAUACUCCAUUUGUUCCAAUGCAAGGUCAGGUUUUGAAUACAGAAAAAUAAAUACAUUUUUCACAAAUCUAACUCAUCAGCUAAUAUAUUCCGAGUUUAGGAGGAUUUUCAAAAACAUCCGUGAAGCAUUUGGACACACAGCUCAUCUGAUUCAGUAUUACUGAGUAGGUAUAAUCCUUCUAGGCACUUUUGAGAAUACAGAAUAGAUUUUUGUAAUGAAACAUUUGCCUUAUGUAAAAGCUGAAUGGAACAAAAGGGCUAACUGUCUGUAAUGGAUCUGACAGGAAUGCUGCUUUUCUUGGAUUUGUGCGGGUUACUAUAUAAUGUUAAUAUAAAAUGCGUGACAAUGUUUGCAUUAUUUGCAUAGAACAUGAGAAUGUUGCGCUAACUACUCAAUGUAUGAUAUUUUAGUAAAGUAUUUUGUUACCAGU